UAAUAAAACACCGACCGGAAAGCAACUGAGCUGAUUUUGGCUUCGAGCCGGUUUGCAAGAUUAUAUCCCAAGACGACAAUGCAUUUUAUUUUAAUUCAAUAAUAAUGAUAAUCAUUCAAUUAAUUGAGAUUAUUAAAAAGACAAUCAUCCAAAAAUUAAAUUAAAUUAUAUAUUAUAUAAUAAUAUAGUAUUGCGGGUUGUUUUUUAAUAAAAAAAAAAAAAAAAAACAAAAAUAAUAUUAUUUAUUUAUGUAAAUCAUCAUUAAAUUCAUGUUAAAAAAUUAUAGGUAAUUUAAAAUUAGAUAAAAGAAAAUAUAUGUAUUAUGAAUAUACACCUGUUGGCGGAAAGCAAAUGAAAAUGAAAAUAAUCAUUUCGAAAUGAAUGCGAUAUCAUUUCGAAAUUGUGUGUAUUUAACAAGCGCCUCCUUACGGUUUUUCAAAGAUUUAUUAUAAUCUUUCUCUCCCUCCUUGUUUUUUUUUUUUUUUUUUUAUUUGAUAAAUAAUUACGACGAUUGCCAGUGAUUGCCAGUUUAUUAUCAUCACACAUAUACACACAAAUAUAUUUCAAGAAUUUGGCGGCCUUCUUGAGUCUCAACUCAGACUUGCUUGAAUUUAUAUAUACACAGGUAUAUAUCAUAUGCUUACUCAGCUUUUGCUAUUUGCCCACAUAUACUUAAGACUUACAUGUCUAUAUGAAUAUGUUGUGUUGGGCAUACAUUGAACAGGUAUCCUUCACAAGUUUCUCUCCAUGGAUUAUAAUAAUAAUAAGAGAAAAAAAAAAAUAGCUGCGCCUCCGCAAUGUGUGUUUUUUUUUGUUUUUUAAUUUUUUUUUUGCGGUUAUUCACGGCAUUCAACAGGUGCUGGUCGUCAAACGACCUCGAGGGAUAAAAAAAUUAUUUUGCCCUUACAUUACUCUCUUUUAACUAAAUUUAAUUUAAAUUUAAAAUAUUAUAAACUAUAUUUGAAUAAUUAUUAAAAAUAGACAUAAUUUCUUAUCAACAACAGGUUAUUUAUACACACAGUGAUUUAUUUUUUUGUGUUAAAUAAUCAUUUGAAUGAAUUUAAGUGAAGUGUUUUCAUUUGCAUUGAGUAUUGUGUAAAGACACAUUAUUGUUGGACAUAUAUAUUUUUUUUUUUGGUGCUUUUAUUUAAUAAAUUAUUGAUAAAAAUAUGGAUCGUGCACAUGGUAUGACGUAUUCUGGUGGUGAAGCACAUCUUCAUGAGUACUGGGAGGCAUAUCAAAAAAUGGUUGAAGAAGAAACAAGAAUGUUAGAUGAAUAUUUGGAUGAACAUGAAGAGUGUAGUCCAAGAAGUUAUGAUGAAGGUGAAGCAGAAGCUGAAUGGCUUCGUGCAGCAGGUUUAGGUGAAUUAACAGAACCAUGGAAAGCUGGUCGUGAAGUACAACCAGAAGAAAUUGGUGCAGCAUGUUAUCGUUUAUCAAAAAUACAAACAGAAGCUGUUAAACGUCGUGUAAGAUCAUUAAAUCAUACUGUUAAACAACGUUUUAAUCAACGUACAAGAGCUAAAAAACCAGAUAUACGUGAUGUAUUUAAAGACGUUGAAGUAUCAAGUACAGGUACAAGAUCACGUAGUGCAACACCAGAUUCAUUAGAUUCAAUGACUGGUGAAACAACUGAAAAUAUAUUACCAUCAACAAUAUCAAAUGAUACCAAUAAUAAUAAUAUAAAUGUACCAAAUUUUGUAUCAAUAUUUAAUAGACCAAAAUUUGGUGAAAAAGAAACAAUAAGAAGAUUAACAAGUGCACCAAUAAUACAACCAACAAAUUCACCAACAACAUCAACAACAACAACAAUAACAGCAACAGCAACAACAACACCAUCAUCAUCAUCAUCAGCAGCAGCGUCAUCGUCAGCUUUACCAUUACAAGAAAUAUUUCGUAAAACAGGACAUAAUUGGUCACAUCGUGGUGAUAUUGCAAGUGACACUGAAGGUAUACAAUUAACUGGUUUUCAUAGAUUUGGAACAAUACACUGGUCAAUGCCUGUUGUUAUGCAAAAACGUAGUGACAGUGAUCCAAGUGAAGUAUCAUCAACAACAAUUACAACAACAACAACAACAACAACAACAAAAACAACAACAACAGCAGCAGCAGCAACAACAACUGUUAAUUAUGAUGAUGGAGCACAAGUUGAUUUAUCAAAUAAUGAAUCAACAUUAAAAAAAAAUAAUACAGGACAUAAUUCAGUAACAAGAAGUCACAGUAGUUUAUAUGGUUUAAAUAGACCAAUUGAUAAUAUCAUAACACGUCCAUUAAAUCGUACAUCAUCACAUGGACAUUUAAGUUUUGAACAAAUGUGGAAAGCUAAUGAUGUUGAUAAUAGAUAUAAUAAUAAUAAUGAUGAUGACGAUGAUGGUGAUGAUGAUAUGGAAACAUGGAAAAAUAAUGAAUAUGAUGAUAAACAAAAAGUUGAAAUGAUGUCACAAAGAGAUAUUACAAGAUUACAGCCACUAUUAUGGCUUGAACUUAGUGCUGUAUUUGAUAAAUAUAAUGUUCCACUUGUUAAAAGAAAACCAGCUAAACGUAGAAGAAAAGCUGGUAAUUUAUUUGGUGUAUCAUUAUCAACUUUAUUAUUACGUGAUAGUCAAUUAACAAAUGAUGAAAAUAAUAUACCACUUGUAUUUCAAAAAUUAUUAAAUGAAUUAUCAUCACGUGGUAUUAAAGAAGAAGGAAUAUUACGUGUUGGUGGUAAUAAACAAAAAGUUGAAGCAUUAUGUUGUGAAUUGGAAAUGGAUUUUUAUAGUAAACCAAAAGAUAUUGAUAAAAUAUUAAAAAAAACAACAUGUCAAGAUUUAUCAGCAGUUUUAAAAAAGCUAUUACGUGAUUUACCACAACCAUUAUUAACUGUUGAAUUAAUUGAUGCAUUUUAUCAAAGUCAUGGUGUUAAAAAUUCAAAUGAGCUAUCUUAUUCAUUGAAUUUAUUAGUUUUAUUAUUACCAGUUGAACACAGAUGUACAUUAAAAGUAUUAUUGGAAUUUUUCAAUUUAAUUAUUAAUCAUCAAAAUUUAAACAAAAUGUCAAUUCAUAAUGUUGCUAUGAUUGCUGCACCAUCAUUAUUUCCACCAAGAUAUAUACAUCCAUUUGAUCGUACUGAUUUAACAGCACAAGUUAAUAUGGCUGCUGUAUGUUGUCAAGUUACACAAGCUAUGAUUAUUAAUGUUGAUAAACUUUGGCAUGUUCCUAGUAAUUUAAUAUGUCAAUUACGUAGACAAUCAGAGGAAGAACGUUUUCGUAAAUAUAAAAAAAAAUAUUAAAAAUAUACAAAAACAACAACAACAAUCCAAUUAAUCAAAAGAAAUAUAUAGAAAAAUUAAUAGGCUGGUGCCUUUUUGUUAUUUAUAAGUCGAGUAUUGUAUAAUUAUUUAAUUUAAACUAAAAAAAAAAUAUCAUUAAUUAAGUAUAUUAAAUAUAUUUUUAUUUUUUAUCAAAUACUAAUGGUGCAAUAAUUCAAGGUGCUAAAUUUUGACUCAUGUCAAUUUAUUUAUCGUCUUAUUGACUAGUAUUAUUAUUAUUCAUAGAUUAUUUAAUAUUAUCAAGUAACUUUUAAAGUUGCCAAUAAAUCAAGGAAUUUUUUCACGCCAUAUUAUAUUUUAUAGAUAUUAUAUAUUUGUGUACAUUUAAUAAGAAUAAUAUUUUUGCAAAAUGCUAAUAAAGUGCCAAAUAAAAUUUAUUUAAAAAUGUAAGAAGAAAAAGUAAA